AUGGCAGCUAGGGCCCCUUCUACUCGCAAACGCAAAACACCUGUCAAAUACGAGGAAGAACAGUCAAGCGACUUGGAAGCUCGCGCGGCACCGGUGAAACGAACACGCAGGGUUCAGGUGAAGAAAGAGGAGGCGGAGGAUACGGAUUUAGUCUCUGCACCUGUUGCAAAGAAGGCACGCGGACGGCCGAGGAAAGUGAAGAGCGAGAUCAAGGAGGAGGAGAGCAUGGAAACCACACCGGCGCUGCCUGAGGUGAAGACCGAGGAGACCGCAUCAACCCGGCGUACCCGCAGCCGCAAGCCAAAAGACGAACUUCACCAACUCCUCUCCUUACCGCCUCCCCCCACCAAAAAGCCCCGAACCAAGAAACCCGCACCACCCGCUCCAGACCUCAGCGCCUACCUCUCCUACCCCCCCACCCUCCUCCCAACCUUCCUCCCACCCCACGUCCGAGACCGACCGACCCCUUUCCUACGACACUGCCCUCCAGCAGUCGAAUCUCGAAUCGCCCGCGUCAUCUCCCAACGCCUAUUCCUAGUCCACACCGAACUCCCCUCCUCCUCCAACUACGCAAUCUUCCACGUCCUAGGCUCAACAGGCAACGUCUACCUCACAACCCUCCAACAACGCCCCCACUGCACAUGUCCCGACUACGCCUUCUCCGGGCGAAGGAGGGAUGGGAGGGGCGUGAUGUGUAAACAUGUGUUGUUUGUGUUGGUGAAGGUGUGUAAGGUUCGUGGGGCGCUGUGUUGGCAGAGUGGGUUUGGGAGGGAGGAGGUGGAGGGGAUGGUUGAGGGGCUGAGGGGGAGAGCGAGGGAGGGGGAUGAGGCGGGGAUUAGGGUUUCGAGAGAGGUUAGGGAGUUCUAUCUUGGGCGGGAGACGACACCGGAGGGUGGAGUGGUCAAGUCUGAGGUUAAGAGUGAGGAGGGUCGGGCAGAGGAAGAGGGAGUUGAGGUGCAUAAUGGGGCCCACCGCAAACCUCUCACAGGCGACUGUCCGAUCUGCUACGAAGACCUCUCCUCAUCCACACCGUCCCCAUCUUCUACCGUAUGGUGCAAAGCCGCAUGCGGAAACAACAUCCACGCAGAAUGUUUCGGGGAGUGGGCGAAAUCACUAAAGCGCUCCUCCAAGAGUGUUACUUGUGUUUAUUGUCGGACGGAAUGGGUUGGGCCAGAGAACGAGAAGAAGAAGGGUAGUGGAAGAGGGAGGGGAGGGAGUGCGGUUGUGGGGAAUGGGAGGGUGGUAAGGAAUGGAGGGUGGAGGUUUGUGAAUUUGGGGCAUAUGGUGCCGGCGAUGGAGACGGCUGUUGCGCCGGAUGCUGGUCAUGAAUAG